CAUUAUCUUGAGACUUACUUGCCGCCGCCGUUUCGAGAUGCCGAUGGUUACCUGGUUACUUAACUCUUUUGUACCAUCUGGUAAGCGAGUUCUAGAGUCGCCCACCGUCUGCUUCUUGUCCGCGACAACCACCUGUGCACGAUGCGGCCAUUCCUUUUGAGCAUCCACAUUCUACCUUCGAACAGCGCGAGCUCGCGGUACCUGACGGAGAUGAAUAUCAAGAUUUUCGCCGGAAUAUUCUCAGACACAAGGGUCCGGACCGAUGGAAAGUCGGGCAAGCGGUAAUCAGCCUCGAGGCAAGGUUCCACACACUUUCCAUCCACGGGUUGUAUCGCGUUUUCGACUGCAGGUCUUGUGCAGCGCGAUAUCUCUCGCCGGCAAAGCCACGUUGGAACCACGACGUGAAGGGGCUCCCAUCAUCUAUGAGUCCAACAUCCCUUAUCCCAUCCGCUUUCUGCUCUUGACUGCGCGCAUCCCCUCCCCCCGUUCCCUGCCCUCAUCUACGCUCAUCCUGAGCUGUCUUCCGCCUUGUUAUGUCAGCCAGCCAGACGACGAUGCAGACGAGAAAAGUCCCGGUCCUACCCACCACACAAGGUGCGUCCGAAUCCCUUUCCCGCAUGAAUGAGCUUGUUCUCGCGUGGAUCCUUUGUCCGCAUCUGGCUAUGGGCAAGAAGGCGAGCUGUUGCUGUGGAUAUCGGUGUAGGAUCGACCGCUGAGAUUGAGUUGGGAUUGCCCGGAGUUCUGUAAGCCAAAGCGUGCGAAGCUGGAGGCGUUGGGCGAGGUGCUUUGCGGUAAAACCGGUCCCUAUCUCAGGCGGCCUUAGGGGCUGAUCUGGCUUCGAAAAACUUCCGUUUUGUGCUGCGUUCAUGUAUGCUGAUUUGUCUCCGUUGUCCCAAAUAAGGCCCCAUGCAAACCAACAUCGUACCUCGCGAGGCAUCUCCGUCGCCUUCAUUCCGCGAACGACAGCGUGUCAUCAAAGCGCAUUCUAUGCCUAUCGUUCCUUCAGUUGGUCAAAUACUUUCUGGCAACUCGUCGCAAAGCACAUCGCACCCAAGCCCGACCGGCUCGCAAGGCUCACUACCCUCCAGGCGCUCCCCGCCCAGCACCUCGCGCAUCUCACCAGCUGCCGUCAAGCUUCCGCCGAUGACCCAGAGAGGAGAACACACGCCCGAACGCAUAAGUUCACCUUCGCCCCUCCUACACUCUCAGAGCACACCCGCUGUCCCCCAGUUGGCCAACACCUCGCCUCAGACUGCGCCAGCCCAUCAGCCUCGGCCCAUCCCUCGACACAAUCCUCCACAGUUCCUCACGCAAUUUCAGACGGCGGACGACAAAUUUCAGCUAACCGCGGAGCUACUCCGUGAAAUCGAGCUGGCCGACCAGCAACAAGGACAGUUGCAAGGGACUUCUGGCGUAGCCUACGCAGGCGGUGCCGCCUCCAACAGCAACCUUCAUUUACAGCACACCGCCGUGGAACGUGUUCGUGCUGCGGACAGAUCAAGUCCUACCGAUACUGCCUCUAAGCGCCGUGAGAAGGAGACUCAAAAUCUCCGUGACAGCCCCAAGACUCGUGAACGAUCCCACACCGUCUCUUCGACCCUCUCGCACCACAGCGAUCCCCAGUCCAUGGCGCAGAAGACCCCCGAGUAUCGUGGCUCGCCCCCAUAUCACACGCCUAUGGCGUCUCCGGGUGAACGCUCCGCAGGCUAUACCCAAUAUAUCUCCGACACGUACUCAUCUUCUCAAGCGGCGAGUCAACCUCCACCGUCAUCACGCAAACCUAUCCCAGCGACCUCGGAUCCCAGCCUGAUGCGUACGACACCGCCGAACAAGCAGGCUGGAAGCGCUCGGGCGUCUGACCGCGCGCUGCCUCUGCAGGAGGAGCCCGAAGAAGAUCUGGGCCAGGAUUUCACCGAGCAGGAGACCGAGUACGAGGAUCUCCGUCACAGCUCGCCUAAGUCCGGUUCCGAUGUGUAUCGCCAUGAGCGGGGGAAGAGUGUGGGGCACACAGACGACGACGACGAUGACACGCUGAACGAGGAGGUGCAGGAGCACAUGGAGCAGCGCAAGAGCGAAGAUGACGACUCUGGCUUCACGCCUCGUUCGCCUUCAACGAGUCUGCCCGAGAGGCCGCGGGACGAGCGAUACUCACCCACAUCGAACGGACAAUACAAUGUCAACACCGUGCAGUACCCUCAGAUGACCGCAGAUGCACAGAAGACCGUCCGCUCCAGACAUCGCAACAGCUCGAGCGAUCAGCUAGGCAUGCGUAGUCUUGACCCGACAAUAUUCGAUAGCGGCAUGAACGGCGCGCGGAGCAGCGGCCAAGAGACGGCUAAUCCGGCGCGAUCGACCCAGUCGGCACUCUCGCCGCCACAGAUACAAACUCAGCCUCCACAACAGCACUACUCUCAGCAGUUCCAACCUCCGAGGCACUACGGCGACCGCUCGUACGAUCAUGGCGAGUCUCGGAGCCUGCCGCCUAUGUCUCCGCAUUUUGAAGAUCUGAAGGGAGUUUUUGACAACCCGACCUCAUCGUUCAUCCAGUCGUACUUGCAGUCCCCUAUUCCUGCUCCAGCAGGCACUGUUGGACGUCCAAAUGCACCGAUUCCUCCAACACCUUUGACACACACCGCCGCCCCGUCGCCAUCGCCCCUGUCGGCCAUGCCAAGCGACAUCGAACCGCGCCAGAUCGGUUCGCCUUACCCGUAUCCGUUCACGCACAUCCGUCGCACGGCGCUCUCGGCGGCGCAGAACGCGCCGUCGUCGACGUACGAUCCAAAUCACCCCGCGGCGGUGCGCGAGCAGCUCGCGAUGCAGAUGCACAUGUACGCGCUCAACAACGGACUUGCGCCGCCAUCCGAGUCGGCCUUCUCUCCGUCGUCUACGCCGUUCCCGGGCAUUGGCUACAAUCCGUGGUCGUUCCUCUACGGCGCGCACCGCGGCGGCGACUCGAGCAUGAGCAUGCGCUCGAGCCCAAGCCAUGAACCUGUCUCGCUGCCGAUGCCGCCCCUCCGUGCGCGAUCGCUCCGUCGGAAGGACAAUGCGAGCAAUCUUCGCACGGUGCUGGGCCGCCGUCGUGUGAAGCCGCCUCCGCGCGUCGAGAGCACCCAACCUCGCGAGACGAGCCCAGAGCCCUCUUCAGGAGAGGAGACCGCCGGUGAGGACCAGUUUGUGGACCGCUUUGCAACAAACGGCCAUGAUGGCGUGUGGACGAAUGGAAAAGGCCCCAAAGAUGAGAUCGUUGAGAACGGCGAAAACGAGGACGAGUGGAUUGAUGAAGACGAUGACGAGGAGGAUUUGUUGCACUUCGAAUUUCAUCCAUCGUACAUCGGCCGUACGAAUAAGAGACGACGCCGGUGGGAAUCGAGGUGGGAAGCGUUAGCUGAAGCAUUCCAAGCUGUCGACCGCGAGACGGACGCUACACUUGUUCUAUUCGCCGCACCUUCGCACUCAGAAGAACUCCACGCCCUGACGUCGCGCUCGCUCCGCCGGGACAAAGCGCUGUACAACAGCUCGACGCUGAAGGACAUGCGGCACAACUUCAAGACGCUCGCGAGCCAGCGGCAGGCGACGCGCACGCCGAGCGUCUCGCUGGCAGACCGCAUCUCACAGUCGGGCUCUGUUGACGGCUCGCAGUCCGGCAGCGAGUCGCGCGAGGAGGACCUCCGCCGCGCGCUCGAGGCCGCGCUUGGCAGCAUUGGCGCAAUGGGCGCCAUCUACGAGCAGCGCGAGGCCCGCUGGCGCGACGAGCUCCGCAAAUUGACGGAAGACCGCACGAGUAUUGAAAUGCUCCUCCGGCAGACCCUCGGGAGCCCUGUGCCGCCUGUACCCCCUGCGGAAGCACAGCUUCUAGGCUAGUGUACGCGCCUGAUCUUCCAAAUCAUUUCGAUCUUAACCUACCCUUGACUGUCGUAUGUACUUUUUGGGACGGAUGUACUGUACCCGUAUCCUGCCAGGUUAUCAUUGUAUCCUCGAUAGCU